GAAAGAAGGGUUAUUAUCACUUCCUUGAUAUCUUAUAUACUGCUGACCGGAGCUUAUUGUCAUGUUUACUAUAAGGCAAUAAGUACAUGUUAUUGUAGGACUUUUACUUGAUAACAACAGAGGGUGUGAUAUCGUAAAGGGACUUAAUCACACCUUACACUAUAAUAUAUUUGUUAGUUAAAAAGGUAGUGGCCAAAGGUUUACCAAACUUUGGUAUGCAAAUAGCAUUUAAAGUACAAUAAUGAUAAAACACUCGCUAACACACCAAGGAUAAGUGAAUAUUUACGACACAGGCCAUUUAUGGCGUAGACAAGGAACUGUAGACAGUACCACUGGAAUGUCUCUAAUGUCGUAUUUUCUGUCAUUUACAGGAAAGUCUCUACGUGUUGUGGACAGUCACCAUGCUCAUGCUAGCAGACUACCGGUGAUGCUGAUGUACUUUGGCUGAAUAUCAUUAUGGCUGUUCUUUAACAGAUCGAUGCCGAGCUUUGUGUUCUGAACAUGUUCAACAUAAACAUUCCUAUACAUUUGUUUCCCACACCAGCAAGGAGCUUCCAGGCACGAGGAGGGAUAGAAAUGAACAUAUUGGCAGCUUAUAGUUUGGAUCGUGUGUACACAAAGAUAGUUGCGUGAGUAUGGGUCAUUACAAUGAAAUCUUCAACAUUUCAAACGGAUGAAGCUGUCGAUCUGCACGUAGCGUGGUUAAUACAACGUCAACGGCAGAAACAAAUAGAGAAACGAAAGGGUGUUGGAUCUGUCAUUUUUGUCACUGGAAUCCCAUUGGCUAUCGUGGGAUUUGCAAUGUCCCUUGUAGCAUACUCAGAAAUAGUGGGGAAAGACACGAUUCCUGCCUUCCGGAUCAGUGGCCCUGUGUGUCUCGUAGUAGCAUUCGUUCUAUUCUUAGUUGGAGCCCUUCUGGCAGAAGUGCUCACAAUCAGACGAAAUCGAAAACAACAAUAUGAGAUUGAGAGUAUCGAACUUCAAUCAGAAUUCCUGCAGGACAAGGAGAAUAUCAGUGAAGAGGACAGUAGUAUUGAGGAGAUGACUAGAGAAAGUGUAAGGCGGAGUGGCGACGAGACGUUAUUUCAGCAAUUUAAACGCAGUUCUAGCGUCAUAAGUGAAUCUCUAGUGAACAUGUUGCCGUCACGGAACUGUAAAAUAGAGCCUCAUGAGUGCGAGGACAUCCAGCGGUGUGAGGAUGUAUAGAAGUAUUAGGUCAUCAAGCAGUCUCAGGACGUCUAGCGGUACGAGAUCAUUCAGCAGUACAAGGACAUUCAGUGGUGUGAGGAUGUCUGGCAGUGUUAGGAUGUCUAGCAGUGUAAGGACGUCUAGCAAUGUAAGGACGUACGUCUAGCAAUGUUAGGAUGUCUAGCAAUGUUAGGAUGUCUAGCAGUGUUAGGAUAUCUAGCAGUGUUGGGAUGUCUAGCAAUGUUAGGAUGUCUAGCAGUGUAAGGACGUCUAGCAGUUAGGAACGUCUAGCAGUGUAAGGACGUCUAGCAGUGCGAGGUGCAAUGGUGUCAACAUGUAUGAGCGGACAUUAUGAUUUGAGAACUAUUGAGAUAGUAACUGCUAGUGUGUUUGUUUUUCGACUGUGUAAGUUUUCAUUGGUGCGAUAUGUGGUAUUGAUAAAAGUGUAUGUAAAAAGGUCGUUUUUACGUUGAUAUAAGAUUUGUGUGUUUUGAUGUAUAAGCAUAUCAGUGAGUCAUGUUUAUAUUGAAUUAAACGAUAAUGUUGAGCUAUUAUCUUAUUUGUAUUAAUGACAACAAUAACCUUCAGCUCAGUUGGUGUAAUGAUAUAAGGUGCAGGUGAACUUGUUAAAUUUGUCAAAGUAACCUAUAUAAUUAAGAUUUUUGAAGUGCGUAAUAAUGAAAUAUGCUUCAGCUUGUAAUAGUUUUUUAUGUGAGAGAUGGAAUACAUUAUAAACAGUAAUGUGUAAAAUCUCCGGAUACUACAUUGUGUAUAACGCUGUGUGCGAUAUUGCUGUUUUUUUUACUACAAAUGUAUGAAAUUGUAUGCUAGAAAAAGGAGCUUCGUGUGGCGUAUGUAAGGUUUGGAUGCCAAUUGGAGAGUUUUCCAUGCUUAAAGCAAAAAGCAAUAUAUAUGGUAUAUUUGGUUAUAUUUCUCGAAUACCCAUCAUACGUUGGUAUCACAAUUAUAAAAGGGCUAUUUGUUAUUUGUUUAAUACAGUUCGUAUCUGUAUUUAAACAAUGAAAUAUGUACGCUUACUGUAGAUAUGGAAAUUGCAGGACGUGCAAUAUCGACUGUUCAAAUGUAACAAUAUAUGUGUUGUACACGUC